AUGGAGUGCGGCGUCAGGCAAGGUGGACCGACCUCUCCUUUGCUACUCAACCUGUACAUAAAUGAACUUAUCGGUGAGCUCAGCAGCACUCAUAGUGGUUGUUAUAUCGACAACGUAUGUGUCAAUAAUAUUAGUUACGCGGACGAUAUGGAGUUGCUGGGACCAACGGUUGAAUUUCAAAUUGUUUCAGGCCCAGGAUUCAUAGACGAAUUGGAGGCUUUCAUGGCCCCCGUCGGAGAGGGAUGUUACCCGCCGCAGCCUGUCGACGCGCGCCGUAUUGGGGGCCAUCAACUACCAGAAAGCCCGCCAGAUUCCGGUUCCGAAAAUCCCUACAGUCCGGAGACCCAAGUCUCGCAUACCAUAGCCGUGUCCCAAACAGUCCUAGGUACAGACUACAUGCUAGUACCAGAACAUAUCACGUCACACGAGAUGCUACACCAAAAUGGCGACUACAUUUACGAAGAACUCAAAGCUGACAACAUUGACCAUGAAGUCUUAAGGAAUAAUUUAAACGAAGUUGUAGUUUUACCCCAAGACCCUAACAUCGAUUUGGGUCUAAGAACAGUCCGCCAUGAUUUGGGCCUGACUGACCAAAUUGCGUACCAAAAUAGGUACAACCAAAUCAGGGUCGAGUUACCGGAUUUGGAGCAAGGUAUGAUCAAUUCGCAGCUGGUCGCUUUAGGUCAUGAGACGUUGACGCCAGUUUACACGAAUCUACAGGAACCGAGCAGUAAGAAGAGGAAGCAUUCGCAGGAUAUUAAUUCUCAAGUAAAAUGUGAACCAGCUGCUCUAUCGCCAGAGAGCGUGGUAGCGCGGCCAACUCCGUCAGUGGAUGGAUCGGAAGCUGGUGACGAGUCACCGCUCCAGUGCAUAAGAUUCGCACACUUUCAGCAGAAUAUUUGGCACACGCUUUAUGACUGUAACGCGAAGCCAUUACCAUCACCAUCCUACAUAGUCGGAGCCGACAAAGGCUUCAAUUUCUCACAGAUCGACGAGGCUUUCGUUUGCCAGAAAAAGAAUCACUUCCAGGUCACCUGUCAGAUACAAAUGCAAGGUGAUCCGCAUUAUGUGAAGACGGCUGAGGGAUUCAAGAAGAUAAAUAACUUCUGCCUGCACUUCUAUGGGGUUAAGGCGGAAGACCCGAGCCAGGAAGUCAGGAUCGAACAAAGUCAAUCUGACAGAACCAAGAAACCGUUUCAUCCUGUUCCCGUUGAGCUUCGUCGUGAAGGCGCCAAAGUGACGGUCGGGAGACUGCACUUCGCGGAAACCACGAACAACAAUAUGAGGAAGAAAGGAAGACCGAAUCCAGACCAGAGGCACUUCCAGCUGGUUGUGGCUUUGCGAGCUCACACCAGCAACGCCGAUUAUAUGGUAGCAGCGCAUGCGAGUGACAGGAUUAUUGUUAGGGCGUCAAACCCCGGUCAGUUUGAAUCAGAUUGCACAGAAAACUGGUGGCAGCGAGGCGUCUCAGAAAAUAGUGUACAUUAUAGUGGAAGAGUCGGCAUCAACACGGAUAGGCCUGACGAAUCUUGUGUUAUCAAUGGUAAUCUAAAAGUGAUGGGUCAUAUAGUACAUCCGUCAGAUGCGAGGGCUAAACACAACAUAGAGGAGUUGGACACUGCGCAACAGUUGAAGAACGUGCAGAGUAUCAGAGUUGUGAGGUUCAACUACGACCCGUCGUUCGCGGCGCACUCGGGCCUGCUGGGGCUGGACCCGCGCGCCGGCGCGCCGCCCGGCGACACGGGCGUGCUGGCGCAGGAGGUGCGCCGCGUGCUGCCCGACGCCGUCAAGGAGGCGGGCGACGUGGCGCUGCCCGGCGGCGACACCAUACACAGGUUCCUCGUCGUCAACAAGGACCGAAUCUUCAUGGAAAACCUCGGGGCUGUAAAGGAAUUGUGCAAAGUGACGGGAAACCUUGAAUCCAGAAUCGACCAGCUCGAGAGGAUUAACAAGAAGCUCUGCAAGAUUAGUAUUUUACAGAGGAGGGACAGUUCGAGAUCCAGCAUCAGUAAUGAUUCACGUUUCUCCGGCAUUUCAACAUCAUCAAAGUCAUUCUACAGUGAUGGCAACAUUUCCAUCGACCAAAUAAGAGACAUCGCACGAAGUAUUAGAAAACACGAGUGUUGCCACAAACUGAGUCAUAAUUCCCCGAAAUUUACCCGAAAGCAAUGCAAAAACUGCCACGGGAGCUACUCGAAAUAUGGAAAAUAUUACAAUUAUAAUAAAACAAGUGUCAGAUACCAUUCCAGUAAGGAAAAAAUUGAAGACCCAAAAGUAUAUCCGGCGUAUAUUAACUCAUCUGAAAGUACGCAAAAGUUGCCAGAUGAAAAUUACAGCACGGUAUCGAAAAAGAAAGAUUCGUGUCUAUGGUUGAAAGAUGAGGACAGUUUUGGUAAUGGCAACACUAAAUUGUCGUUCUGCUGUCGAAGGAAGUACAAAUAUGGGGAUGCCAGUGGCGAAUUAAUUUCGAAUAAAUUAUUGCAGAUAGUUAUAACUGUAUUAAUAUUUAUUAUGGCUAUAUGCCUGGUGGCGAUGUCGGCGCUGUACUUCCGCGAGCACCGCGAGCUGGAGUCCCUGCGCGCGCGCACGCUGGAGCGGCCGCGGUACAGGCACGAGCCGGCGCGCGACCACAACCUCAUACAGAACUCAAAACCAGCACAACAUACAGCGGCGAAGAAAACGAAAGAGAAAGGUCCAUACAAAACAAGUCCAGAGUACACAACAUUGACACCAGAUCUACAUUCAACAUCAACGACUCAACAAGCAUCGAAAAAUUUUGUCAAAAACGUACUAACCAUGGACCAAACCUCCCCCCCACCACAAGUUGACACGCCCGUGGUGCUAUCUCACAUCGCAGACGUCAUCGGAAGCGGGUGUAGCUUUACGGCCAAUUCUGAUAAUGAGCUAGACGCGGAAUGUCAGUCAUCCUGCGGUCUCGAUCCUCCCCAAACCUACGACAAUCAAGAACCUCUAGAACGUUCCAAAACAGACAAAGAACUAAACGAGACGUAUCCCAUACUAGAACCUAAAGACAAACCUCUGACUCCAGUAAUACCAGAAAAGAAUACAUCAGAAAUACAAAAAAAUGACGAUUCUUUCAAGAAUGUCAUCCAUGAAGAAAUUUUGGCCGAGUCAAAUUAUUUGGAUAACAAAGUGAACGGUACGAGAUUGAGGCGUAAUGUUAAAGAGAGUGAACUUCUGAGGUCCAGUUCUGAGGAAAUGGUUAUUGAGCAGUCGGAGGAGGUUAACGUGCCUGGGCCGGGCGCGGGCUGCGAGGCGCUGUGGCUGGGCGUGCGCGGCGCGCAGCUGGCCAACGACUCGCUGCUGGCGGCGCGCGCCUGCCCGCGCCGCUCGCACAACUACUCGCUGGCGCUGCCGCUGUCGCGCUGCCUGCGCGCGCCGCGCCUGGACCUCACCUUCAGAUCGUCAAAACUAAAAGAAAUCCGUCUAUGCGAUCUGUUUUGCAAGUACGAUACGGUAAAGAAAUGUCAGUCCAACCGUGAGAUAGCUAAGCCGAUACCGACCGGCGACUUUUGGACGUCGAAGAUGACACUUGAUUGUAAUAUCGAUAGACGUAUGAAAAUCAGAGCGGCGUUCAUGCCUCUAAAGGAUCUAUGUUACUUGAAUGCAGACAGCAAAACACCAUUCCUGGAAUUUAAUAUACACAUUUAUAGAGAUUGUCGGAAUUAAAUAUUUAUUUAUAACAUAUACAGACUUUAAAUGAAAUGUACAUCACGUUUUUUUUUUAAUAUUUCUGUAACAUUCCUAGAAGUGCAAUUAUGUAUCCGUCCUAAAAUAAAUAUAUGAUAUUUUUGUAAA